AGUUUGACUGUGGUCAUUUGCGCGCAUUUUAUAGAUUUUUCUUUUCUAUUUAAUUUGUCCAACUAGAAAUGGCUCGCGGUCCUAAGCACCACCUCAAACGCCUCGCAGCUCCCAAACAUUGGAUGCUUGGAAAGCUUGGGGGUAUUUGGGCACCUCGUCCUAGUCCUGGCCCACACAAGCUUCGCGAAUGUUUGCCAUUGAUUCUGUUGCUCAGAAAUCGUUUACAUUAUGCCCUGAAUCGUCAGGAGGUGAUUCAUAUUUUGAACCAGCGCUUGAUUUCUGUUGACAAGAAGGUGCGAACGGACCCAACUUAUCCAGCCGGAUUCAUGGAUGUGGUUGAAAUUGAGCGUACAGACGAACGAUUCCGCCUGUUAUAUGAUACCAAAGGCCGAUUUUGUCUUCACAGAAUAUCAGAGGACGAAGUCAAUACAAAACUUUGCCGUGUAAGGAAAGUGGCACUUGGAUGGCGCGGAAUCCCAUAUAUAGGUACCAAUGAUGGUCGCGUUUUCCGAUAUCCGCAUCCAGACAUCAAGGUGAAUGAUGUGGUUGUAGUUGACUUAGUAACAAACACUAUUAAAUCAUACAUCAAAUUCAGCGUUGGAAAUAUAUGCAUGACAACUGGCGGUCACAAUAUUGGAAGAAUUGGUAUAAUCAUAGGAAAAGAAGAACAUACAUCAACUCAGGACAUUAUCAAGAUUCGCGAUACUCGAGGCGAGACGUGGGCCACUAAGAUAUCCAACGUAUUCAUUUUGGGCAAUGGCAAUCAGCCACAAAUCAGCCUGCCACAGGGCAAGGGUAUCAAGUUGUCUGCUAUUGAAGACAGAGAAGUCCGUCUCAAGAAGCAACAGCACUAAAAAAGUAAGAGGAGAUGAACGCUGUCAAAAAGACACUUUUUUUAAUAUAUGAACGAAUACAAGCCAACUCUCGUCUAUAAAACCGAA